CAUAUUUGGUGAGGGCGUAACUGGCAGCACGUUCGACGUCACGGCUACGCGCCUCCUACGUCACCUCCGGUUCGCUCUUUCCUGUCCAAGGUCUCCACAUGGCGCCGAUCAAACAGAAGAGGUCUUUUGUUGGCAAGAAGUCCAAAAAGGGAGCGUCAUGGAAGUUCACCCUGGACCUGACCCACCCUGUGGAGGACGGGAUCCUGGACUCGGCCAACUUUGAAAGCUUCCUGAAAGAGAGGAUCAAGGUGAACGGAAAGACCGGGAACCUGGGUAACGUGGUGCAGGUUGGCCGCAUGAAGAACAAGAUCAACGUCACGUCGGAGAAAACGUUCUCCAAAAGGUACCUGAAGUACCUGACGAAGAAGUACCUGAAGAAGAACAACCUCCGCGACUGGUUGAGGGUGGUGGCGUCCGACAAGGAGACGUACGAGCUGCGAUACUUCCAGAUCAGCCAGGACGAGGAGGAGGAGUCGGACGCGGACGAGUGAAGAUCUGCAACGGGGCGCCGCGUCUGUCAAUAAAUCAGAAAGAAAAAACAA